AUGCCAACUGCAGAUUCCAAUCGUUUCGUUCCUUUCGUCAGCGUUUACUUCAAAAUUUAUCUGAUCGGAGGGCUCACAUUCCAGUGCUUUUUGUUAUUUCUCAUACUGAAAAAGUCGCCAGCGAGUCUCGCCAACCUCAGGUUCUUCCUGUUCAACACGUGCAUUCUGCAUAUCUUCCUUAUUUCGAUUGCAUUCUUCACUCAACACAGGUAACCUCUUUCACACAGUUUCAUAAUUUCGAACGUGUUCAGAAACCUACCAAACUCUGUGUCUCUCGCAGUUCUUCCGUAUGGACCUUGCCGGGAGUUCGGACCGGAUUUCUGUUUCACUGCUUAUCAUUUUUUUCUGGUAAUUCAGCUGCGCCAAUGUUCUCUCCUUCUAAAUGUGCUCUCAGGGCGUUGCUCUGGCUGUCGGUCUCGGUAUUUCCAACACGGUGCUAUUCCGACAUCGUGCGCUUAGACAGGCGAAAUCAACUCGGAGGAGCGUGGUCGUGAUGAUAUCGCUGACGUACAUCCCUUCACUUGUCAUCAUUGUGAGCCCUGGUGAUGCACUUGCCCUUCCAUCAAUCCAAUCGAUUACAGAUUCUUCCCUUCACAGCCCCGUGGAACUUUCCAGAAGUGCGUGCUCUCACUUACUUCGAGCAUCCCUCCUACGAUCUCUCGAUCUACGAACCUUUUGUCGGAUUCUCCAAUGUCGCCUCGUUCCAAUUUCUCGCCGCCACCGCUCUGCUCGUUUUCGGUGCAUACGCCAUUCCGUCCAUUUCGGGACUGCUCACGAGAAGAGUAGUUCAUCUGAUCAACACGAACAGGAACAUGUCUCCGAAGACCAAGGACCAGUCAAAAACAUUGGCUUACGUGGGGAAUCGGGGUUUAAAGAGGAUGACCGCAACAGAUCAUUUCCAGGGGCUCGCCUUCCAAACCUUCCUUCCUGUUGUUUGCUACGUCCCUAUGCCCACAUCAUACAUCAUUAGCCAGGUAUUCAACGUCGAGAUUUUGUUGACGGGUGGGUCAGAUCGAAUGAGCAACCCUCAUUUGAGUCACUUUUAGAGCACCUGCUGGCCAUUCUGAUCUGCCUUCCCUCGUUCCUCGAUCCGUUCAUCUCGUUCUACUUUAUCGUGCCCUAUCGUCUCGCGAUUUCCAACUGUUUCCCAGUGCGAAAGUCUCUGCUUCCGAACAUUGUCAGCGUGCGGCAUCUUUCCAAUUUAAACCCAUCUAUGGUAGAAUCAAACUGA